CCACAGAUGGUGCGGAAGCUGCUGCAGCUGCUGGAGAUGGAGCAGGAGACUGAGAGCGAGAGCGGCGGGUUUCCCCUGGCCGCGGCCACGGUGCUGCACAAGAUGCUGGAUUGCCGCAGGUACAGCACGCAGGUGUGCCUGCUCUUCCCAGAGUUCUUCGUGGCGCUCAUCUUCCAGCUCAAGCGGUCCGGGGAGCUCGCUUCCGAGGAGGACAGGGCUAUGUAUGUGAACGAGUGGGCCCCGUUCGAGCCUCCCCCCGCCACCAGGACGUUGGUGGAGGCGGCGCUCCGUUUGCUCUGGUGGAUGGAGCUGGAAGACCUGAAGAGCACCAUGACCAGACUGGAGAUGUGGAGGUGGCUGUUGUGCGGUGAUGAGUGGCAGAGCGCCGUGCCGGACAUCAGCGAGAUGAUGCUGAGUUCCUGCCGGGAUCAGUGCGCCCGCAUAUUCAGCCACCUGCAGAAGCUGCUGCUGCACCCUGAGCUGCGGUGGAGGGAGGUCCCCGCCUUAACAUUCUACACAGAGCUGUGGAGCUGCGAGGAGCUGCGGGACGAGGACACCUGCGCGGAGGAGAUCUUUAGGAAAUACAUCUGCAGCGAGAAGCCCAGGAGCAGGGAGCUGGCGCUGCGCGGGCUGCGGGGCCUGUAUGCCCAUGUGGGUGUCGGGUCCUGGCCCCACGUCCCCCCCUGCCCCCACCGUGCUCCCCGUCGCCCUUGA